CAUUUUGCAAGAAUGUCAGCCAAAUCAUCAUCUCGAGUUUUUAGCUAAUUUUUAUGUUAUUUUCUAUUCAAUUACAGUGAUUUUGGUUUUGGUACAUUGUUUUGUGGUUAAAUAGUCAAAAUGGACCGAUUUAUAAGUAUGUGGAAGGUUCGGGAGUUGGCGGAUAAAGUCACAAACGUAGUAAUGAACUACACGGAGAUCGAGGGCAAGGUCCGGGAGGCGACCUCGGACGAGGCGUGGGGCCCGACGGGGCAGCAGAUGCAGGAGCUGGCGCUGGCCACGUUCACGUACGAGCACUUCCCCGAGGUGAUGUCCAUGCUGUGGAGGCGGAUGCUCCACGACAACCGCAGCCACUGGCGGAGGACCUACAAGUGCCUUCUCCUGCUUAGCUACCUAGUCCGCAACGGCUCGGAGCGCGUAGUAACAUCGGCCAGGGAACACAUCUACGAUCUGCGCUCCCUCGAGAACUACACUAACGUCGACGAUUUGGGGAAGGAUCAGGGUAUAAAUGUAAGGCACAAAGUGCGCGAGUUGAUAGAGUUCAUACAGGACGACGAGAAACUGCGCGAAGAGAGGAAAAAAGCAAAGAAAAACAAGGACAAGUAUAUCGGCAUGUCGUCAGAAGCAGCGGUGAUGGGUAUGGGUGGCACCCGCAGCGGCUCGGCCGGCUGGGGCGAGUACAGCGACCGCUCCUCCAACUGGGAUGAGCCAAAAGAAAGAAAUGACGAUGACGAAUACACUCGCGAGGAUUCAGACGACGAUUACGGACACAGGAAACCUAGCAAAGAGAACGUGUACCGCGACUCGGAGCAGAUCUCGUCGUCCCCCCCGCGCCGCAGCGGCCGGCCCUCCCCCGACGGGCCCGCGCCCGCCGGCCGCGCCGACGGGGCCAACAAGCCGCUCAGCAUCAGCCUCAAGAGUCCCGCCAAACAGAAACCCAGCACGCCUAACAAGAAGAUUGACCUUGGCGCGGCGGCUUCCUACGGCAAGUCGUCCACGACCCCCGCGCCCCCCUCAGCAGGCCACAAGUCCCAGGAGCUGCUGGACGACCUGUUCAAGACCUGCCCCGUGCCGUCCCCGGGGCAGCCCAGCUCGCUUGUGCCCGAGGACGACUUCGAUCCCAGAGCGGAAGAAAUAAAGCCCCCGUCAAGAAAGGACUCUGAGGACUUCGGUGACUUCGCCAACGCAUUCGGGGCCUCACAGCCGGGUGUGGCCCCCGCGGCCCCCGCGGCUCCCGUGGCCCCCCUGUCCCUGCCUGUAGUGGCCCCUGUUGAGACGGGAGAUGGGUUUGCUGACUUCACUAGCGCUUUCACUGGUGGGAGUGCUCCGGCUGCUAGCCCUGCGACCCAACCAUCAUCAAACCUGGACCUGCUAAGCGACCUGGGCGCCGGGCCGCUGUCAUUCUCGUCCAUGCCUCCGAUGUCCAACACGUCCAACAUGUCAGACCUCUCGGGGAUGGACGCGUUGACGGGACAACUGUCGGCCGUCACGCUGCAGCCGUUGGGUGACGUGCUACAACCCCAGGGCAGCGGUUGUCCGAAGACAACCACACAGGAGCGCUUACUGCGAGCUCUGAGGACCUUCCAGGAAACACUCCACGCUAUUGAACGACUCAAAAAUGACAACGACGUAAGAAACAUCAAGACUUGCUUCCAAAACGUCGACAAGUACCUCCCAGGCCCAGUCACGGUACAAAAACUAACUAAUAUCGACGAAAAAGUACUAAGUAUCGAAGUAACAGAUACGUUCACGCAGUUACUAAGUAUGCUCGUAAAGUACUUGAUGCCGGAAUGGCCGCUAUUAAAAGAAGAAAUCUUGAAUUUGUGUAUAAUUGAAGAAAGUUUCGAGUUAAGUAAAGAAAUUUUGACAUUAAUAUGCGGGUUUUUGAAAAGCGAAACGAAUAGAACCGUUCUGGAGGCGUUAGCGGAUAUCCUAUCGAGAUAUGUAAAAAGCGACAUGAUUUUAACAGCGGCUGCCGAUGUCAGUAGUCGGAAAUUUGAGGAUAAUAACGCACUAUACAGGUACCAAACGGAUUGGGAAUGUUACGUCCAAAUGCUAGUAACACUCCCCGAAAGAGUUGCCAAUAAAUUAGAAAAAAACACCCCUAAAGAAUUCUCCCAUGAAAAUUUCUCAUAUAAUCUCAUUUUUCACAUCAUCCGAAGCAUGGAUUUCAUGUCUGAAGGCUGUUUCCAUGAAGGGAUACGAUACGACAUGUCUUAUUUGUCACAUUUGCUGUCGAAAGUCGUGAUAAACUACAAUAUGAAUGGUAAUUCUGACGCCAUUUCGAAAUUCGUCGACAUCCUUAUAGUUUGGGCGGGAAAUGAAAAUGUGGAACCGUGUAAAUUCGUCAAAAGGAAAUUAAUACAAGCCUUAUUAUUCCAUUUGAAUCGCCAAGCAAUCGAUUGCUUGUCCGUUAUUAUCCUUCAAAAAUGUCCGAUAGACUACAAAUCUAAGGAACAAACCAUUAGCCACAUUCUCGGCGAGAAUUUCGACAAAAGCAAAGAUUGGAGUGAGAAUCUCUCCAUGAAAAUACCUUUUUAUUUCAAACCUAAAGAAUAUAGGGAUACACACAUUAUAGAAAACUUAAUUUAUUACAUUUCCACUUCUAAUAAUUCCGAAAAGACGAUAACAGAUUUGAUUUUACGUCUGGGCAACGUUUGGGCAGAUCUAAGGAUCUACAACACGGCAAACAUAAACCAACAUAUGUUUAUAUCAUUGCUACUCGUGUUAGCUACAAAAUAUCGCGUGAUAUACCACAAACGGAAACAAAACUGGCACUGUGUAGAAAUAAAGGCAAUAUUAUUCAAAGGGAUGUCGAAACACUUAGACCUCAUUUACAAAGACUUACGUUGCAUAGGCAUGGCUACCACAGAGGUGAUGCUUAAACUGCUAACAGAAAUAGACGAAAAAGAUAAAGAAGCCGUGGAAAAACUAAAGUUUGAAUACGAAGAAAUGGGACAAAAUUGCGUUGAAAUAGCUAAUAUGUUGAAGGAAAUGCCUACGAAAUGUCUCAUAGACAAAAAACACAAGAAGCCUAAAGACGCUAAACCGAGAAAUAUUGACCUGAAAGAUAUACUUGAUACUAUAGCUGAGAAAGCCACAGGGGAGCAGAGAUUGAUGGAGAAUACUGUAGUCUCUUGCGCUGUCAAAACGCAACAACAAACUAAAGAAAUUGUCAAAACUAUAAUCGCGGCAAAACUCGACGCUUUGAAAAUAAUAAAUAGCAAUUGUGAAGAUUUAGAUUCGGACGAUGAUCUUCAACCCUAUGACAUGGGCAACGACGUGUGUGUGAACACGAGAAAGCGGCCUCACUACCUAAGAGAUCUUAUUGAAAUUUUGACAGAAGCGAAAGACGCGGAAUCCUUCGCAGCGGCGUUCGCAGUAUCCGAAGAACUAGUCACAAAACAACUCAAAAACGACAAUCCAAAGUUAGCUGUGGAGUUGCUCGAUUUAUUCAUACAUUUGGAGCCUAAAUACCACGUGGAUCACUUCGACACUAUUAAGUUUAACACUUGUGUUGUCAUCGUGUGCAACCAAUCUAAAGUUUGCGCAGAACAUUUGUGUAAAGAAAUCCAUACGGACGUCGGGAGAUAUUCCAUAGCUACUAAGAUGUUCAUGCUGGACGUGUUGUCUGAAUCUGCAAACAGAAUAGCGGAUGUUCGCCCUCAGACUGUUGAACAGAAGACUACACCACAAAUAGUCACUACUGAAGAAGAAAACACAAACUUGGCGGCCGAGGAGGUAAUUCGACGGCGUUUGAUCAACAAAACUCGAUAUAUCCACACCAUACAAACUCACCCAUUCGCUAAAGCUAAACGGAACGAGUUUGCGGCAGUCGCUGAUAGCUUUUUCUACCCUCUAGUCGGAGGUUUUGGCUUCAGACAACUGACUCUCAGCCAGCAUAACAUCAAGCAGGAUUUCGACAAGAUUUUAUUUUACAAGUACCUGCAAGUCGUUGGUAAUAUAAUUUUAGCGUCCAAAAACUGCCCGAAAUGUCCGCAAUACUGCGCGGAAGUUGUCCCAAUGUUGCUCUACAUGAGAUAUACACCAGAUCCGAAGAUACAGUCGUAUGUGAUAGCUCUAGUGGCGACUGUGGUUCUGGUUUUACCGAGCUUGUUGCUAAGGACGGAGUUCUUCGAAGCCAUGGUUGAGUUCAGGUCGUGGCUGACAGAUUUGCUGACAAACGUGGAUUUGACGAUGAGACUCGGAGGGCCGAAGUCAGAAACCGCGAUCUUCGCUGGACAAAUCCUUCAAUUGAUUGAAAAGAACUUAGGGGAAUACAAUUUGGUCUAGAUUUAAGUUAAGGCUUAAGGAACAAAUACUGGGUGCUUUAUCUGUCCUGAAGAAAAGUAGACUGAGGGAUAACGCUCUUUUUUACGUAACUUUUUGUAGAUUUGCCUCAGAUAGUGUCCACAGCAUUACUUGCCCGGAGUAUAAUGUCCUGUCUAUAAUAAUAUUGCAGCGGGCUUAGCACCGUAAGCGCGCGACUCUUUCUCGCCUCGACAUACGUCACCCGCCACUCUCUCACAGUACUGCACAGAAAGAGACAGAUGAUCUCUGUCGCGGCGAGAAAGAGUCGCGUGCUUACGGUGCUAAGCCAUUUUUGUUUUCAUGGCACUCUUCUCCUGCUUAGGGAAUAACUCAAAGAGAAAAAGUGGUGCGGGUUCAAACCCGUGAUAGCCCAGCUCCGAGAACGCGUGACUUGCAUCGUAGUGUCACAGGUUUGAAUCCCGGUUUGGACUCUAAACCACUUUAUUCAACUUUAGAAAGAAGAAGAAAGAAUUUUAUGACUAUGAGUUUGAAUUCAUAUUUUCGUUUUAAUUUUCUUGGGCACAGGCCUACUCCUCGAUUGUUACGGUACAUACGACUCCACCACGCUCCUCCACUGCGAUUUGCUGAAGAAACCUGACUACAGGCAAUUUCGAAAAGUUUGUUAUAAUUGACGCGAUCUAUAAUCGAAUCGAUUUGACCAUAACAGUAGUCGUUUUUUUUAGUUUUGAAACGGAUUAAAGCGCUCAGUUGCUGCUAACUAUGGACGAAAUAUACUAGAGCACUGCGAAGUGUAGCCCGUAAAGAAUUGGGUCGUGUACGGUCACGAGCAUUAAUAUGUAUACACUUUGGUACCAUGUCAUAUUAACUUUUUUGACAAUAAGUCCCACUAAAUGUCAAAUAUGUUAGUACGACAAGAGUCUUAAAGUGGGUACAUUAUAUUGCUCGUGACUGUACUAGGUUCAAGACAAAUUAUGAAAUUCUGAUUUCUAAAUUAAGACGGGUCUAAAACUAACGAAAAGCAUUUUCUUUUUUCUAUUUAACUUAUUUAUGAAUUUUAGUCAAGAAAAACGUAAUAAUAAGGAAUAAAGGAAAGUCUAACAUUUUAUCGCGAUUUUCAAUGACGUCACAGUGUGCUUUUUCAUACAAAUUCCAUAGUAAUUUCGUGUUUUGACGUUUAGUAAAAAGUAACUGAUUUGACCAGUUGGAAACUAGCCUAUCAAAAAUUCAGUAUUCUAAUACUGCUAGGUGUCUCUUUUUCUUCCAGCGAGAUAAAGGUUGUGUUCAUUUAUGAGCUCUAUAGGUCCGCAGCAUAGGCUACUUGACAACCUAGUCAAGCGAGAUACUUUUUUCGAAACGUCGAAAUGAAAGUUUUCUUUGGAGUUUGUAUGGAAAUACUGUCCUAGGACGUCGUCAAUAAAAUCGUUAUUUUUUUUAUUUAUUUAUUUAUUACAAAAGAUAUUAUAAAAUUCUUACAUUACGACACUGAAACCCAUAAUGGGUUUAAGAUGUGUCAAAUUCACGUCAGGCAGUACGGGUAUAAAUUAACACUUAACACAAUAAAUUUAAGGUUGAAAAAGUAAUAUAGGUACAAUACGAAUCUAUGCGCGGGUAGUAACUCGGUAAUCAAUUAACAAAAUAUAGUUGGACGGUCGGACCGGUAUAUUGGUAGUCAAACGUCGUACUAAUUGUUACUUAAUUCAUAAAUAAAAUUCGGAAAUAUGUCGAAAAGUAAAAUGAGAUUGAUUUUUGACUGGCUUCUAUUUCUAGAUUAGCAUUUUAUAAUUCAUCUUUGACGCAGUCAAAUACCCAAUAAUAUUGCUCUUCAAGUAAGCCCAGAUGGCGUUGACAACAAUGAUCGUUGUCAGACUUCGUUACGCCAUCUAACAUUUUUUUUUUUUUGUGAAACUAUUAAGAACUCUUUUUUAACUAUUUCGAAUCACCUAUUAUUGCCAUUUACUUUUAAUACAGAAAUCAGAAUCAUUUAUUCAACGUAAUUAUCAUGGAUAAACUUGUUGAAGGUCAAUGUAACAUUUUUGAAUUUACGUCAUUUCGCAAGGUGUUAUGGCUGAGGAGAAGAAAUGACAAGAAACUGCAACAGCAACACAUCUUUUAAAAACCAAUGAGGAUAUACAUUACAAGUUAUUUAAUAACUAGAGGAACACAUUCAAUACCAGACAUUUUUAUCAUUUAGGUAGUCAUUAAUUUUAUAAUAAGCUUUUUUAAUCUUAAUUAAGCUUUUUUUCUACAACUAGAGACAUCUAGUAUAUUUAAAAAUAACUACCGUGUUACGCUCUAUAGCGAUUGUCAAUCUUCUAGUAUAUAAUUUGUCCAUGCUGAUAACCCAGUGUCAUGUAAGUUAGGUUAUACAGUCAACGGUCCGGAUUCCUGCAGACACCAUCUACGUAAUGAUAUUUUAAAUUAUACCCGUCAUUUUCUUAUCCGCCGAAAAGGAAGGGUACGAAUAAUCGACAGGCAUAUGUGGCACACAAUAACCCGACAGAACUAAGUUCAAAGCACACGUCAAACGGUUUGCAUACCAGCGAGACCGCUAUUUGAUUCGCCCGGGUUAUACACUCAUUCAUUUUAAUAUUAACAUCUCUCAAUCAUCCGUUCCUUUCCUUCUCGUCGGAUAAGAAAAUGACGGGUAUACCCGUACCCGUACUUAAAAUAAAAUUAAGAAAUGUCUGCUAGAAUUAAGACCAGUAAGAAAAACAAUUAUUAUUUCGUAAGCCUAUUUUGAAAAGCCAUUGUAAAUAGUUCCUAAUAUGUAGCAUAAGUCAUGUAAUUCAUUGCUGCUAUAAAUUUUUAGGCAUCUGUCUACUCCUUUAGGUGUUAAACGUGAAGAAAAUGUGUAAAAUGUUUGUGUUAUGUAUUGUGAUUUUCGUCUCAAAGAUAUAAUUUGGAAAUCUAAAUGUUGUGAUAUGUUUUCACUGAUUACACGAUGCACAAAAAUAAUUCUAAAUAUUUUUGUUUAAAAGCUAAAAGCUGUUUUGAAUGGUUGUAAUUCUUUUUUUAAGACUUAAGAAGUAAUCUGCUGUUUUUUUUAAAGUUAGCUAUUAAGACGAUUUGCUGUAAUGUAGAUUUAAGAAUAAAUGCUUAGAACAUCCAAAAAAAAAACGGAUCGCUCUAUGUCAAUGGAUUUUAAGAAUUUUACCUUUUUCUUAUGGAAAUAAAAUACUAAGUGUCAUC